AACCCUUUUCUCCCACCCCUAACCCUAACACAAACCGUAACACUAAACCCCCAUAUAUAAAAAAAAUCACUUUCUUGAAAUGUAUCCGGUACUUAUACCGAAGUUACGCCGAAAAAUAAGACAUUAAUUUUUACACUUAAGACUCGUCUCAGUAAGCGAGUGUAAUAUCUGAUCGGCGGACUUUCGGAAUAGCCACCACACCAUGAAGAAGGAAAAGAACAUAGAAUUGGGUAGUUGUUUCCACCCGUGAAAGAAUUGUUUUGCGCACAAAUUUUUCUCUACAUUUUUGUCCCAUAAUUCUGUGCCCUUUUCUGAUUUUGGCGAUCCUUCGGUAUAGGUACGCACGUGACUUUGUUUACAUUUCUGAAGAUAAGAGAAACCCUUUUCUCCCACCCCUAACACAAACCCUAACCCUAACCCCCAUAUAUAUAUAUAUAAAAACACUUUCUUGAAAUGUAUCCGGUACUUAUACCGAAGUUACGCCCUGAUUUUUGUUUUCUGUUACACCUAUCUCACGACAUUGAUCUUUUCUGUUACACCUAUCUCACGACAUUGGUCUUUUCUGUUACACCUAUCUCACGACAUUGAUCUUUUCUGUUACACCUAUCUCACGACAUUGGUCAAUGAAAGCCCAUGAUGUUCGAUACAGAAACUGAACCACAAAUUGUUUAUAUACGCUCAUAUUUCUUUUAAGAAUUCUGUGAGUAAUUAAUAUGGAAGAUGUUAAUCACUUGGACAGUUCUACGGCAACUAUCUUCAACAAUAUAGAUACAGUUUCACAGACAGACGUAGACGAGAAACCUUUAUACUGUGAAACAUUUAUUCACCAACGAUCAUUAUACGGAAAUAUUCCUGAAUAUAGCUGUGAGAUUUGUAGGGAAACAUUCUCUUCGGAGCACGAAGUAUUUACCCACAAAGAAAUACACAGUCUCGGAAAGACAUACAAGUGUGAAAUCUGUGGGAAAUAUUUUGCCAAAAACCGCGAUUUAACAACACACAUACGAAUUCACACUGGGGAAAAACCUUAUCACUGUGAAAUCUGUGGUAAAUCUUUCUCUCAUAAUUCUAGCCUUGUCAUUCACAUACGAAUCCACACGGGAGAAAAGCCUUAUCCUUGUGAAAUCUGUGGUAAAUCGUUCGCUGAUAAUUCCAGCCUCGUCGCUCACCAAAGAGUACACACUGGAGAAAAACUGUUCAAUUGCGAAAUCUGUGGUAAAUCGUUUGUCUUUAAAAGUGAUUUAAACAGACACAAACGAAAACACACGGGAGAGAAACCCUAUCGCUGUGAAAUCUGUCAGAAAUCAUUCUCUGAUCAUUCCAGCCUCUUAGUUCACCGACGAAUCCACACGGGUGAAAAGCCGUAUCGUUGCCAGAUAUGUGGGGUGUCUUUCUCUGAUAAUUCCAGUCUUGUACGUCACCGGAAAAUUCACACUGGGGAAAAACAGUUUCACUGUGAAGUCUGUGGAAAAUCCUUUAUCUCUAACAGUGAUUUAAACCGACACAAACGAAUUCAUACUGGAGAAAAGCCUUAUCACUGUGAAAUCUGUGGCAAAUCUUUCACUCGGAAUUCCCAUCUUCUGAACCACAUACGUAGUCAUACAGACGAGAAACCCCUUUCGCUGUGAAAUAAAUGCUAUUUACAAGUUACACAUUGGUGAACAGUUAUCACUUGUGAAAUAUAUCAUCAGCUGACACUGGUAUCAAAGAAUUGAUUACUUCAAUACAUCAUCAGUAAAUGUUACACAGAAUGGACGUAGCCUUGUUCAUAUAAAUUUAUGGUGAAAUAUUUCUUCUGAACUCAGAUUAAUAACAAUAGUUCUUUGUUUCAUUGUCUAGAAUGCUUACAAAAUGACAAUGAUUUCUCACUCCAAUUAAUUUUGGAUUAUUAAAAAAGUGUGCAGUGUUUUUGUAUGUAUGAAAAAAAAAAAAAAAAAGGGACACAGUUUCUGAAAAUACAAUCGUAGUUUAAUCCUUUAGCAUUUAAGCUGGUCAUAUCUGGUCAAAACAGUCUAUUUGUUUCAUUGUUCAAACUGGCCUGAUCAAGCCUUUCACACCUACCCUACAAUGUUAUCCU